UUGGUGCCUCUUGAGAUGCCCGGGAAGGGUGAGGGGUGAUGGUGGCUGCGCCCGUUCCCCACCCAUGUGCGGAUCAAAUGAUUCCUCAAGGUGACAGUGCCCAACAGCAGAUGCUGACCCUGGGCACCCAACCUGCUCCCCACACCCCUGUCCACCCCAUCGGGCUGGACCAAGCUUCAAUGGCCACGAAGCCUCCUGAGCCAGCGCUGGUCCCACGGGUGUCCCCAGGGGCCAGGGGGCGGCGGGUCCGGGGUGGGGGGAAGCGGAGCCCGAGGCAGACGGAAAUGUUUAAAUAGUGCCUGCAGGCUCCGCGCUGUUCCCGGCUCCGCUCAGCCAUUAUCUGGGGAGCGGAUGCCGGGGCUCUGUGGGACUGCUAAUGGGCCGGUGCCAUUCCAGCGGGAUGACGCCACUUAGGUAAGCGCUAAGAGCUCCAGCUCCGGGAAGGCAGCGGCGGAGCGAGGAGAGAUGUGGAUCCCUCCCUCCGUCCCGUCCUCCGCGCUCCCCCGUUCGCAGCCGGCGCUGGGGACGAGCCAGAGCCGCCCGUCCGGGCUCUGCCGGCCCCGAUCCCGGUGCCCGUGGAGCUGAGCUCGGCGCAGCGGAGGGGCCCCGAGCCCCCAGCCCUGAGCAGCCCCGUGGCUGCCCCGGCAGCGCUCGGCGCUCCGCGGGCGCACAGACCGGCGGCGGCCCCGGCGGCGGCAGCGGGGAUCUGUAGAUGUGCCCUGAUGCCACAGGGUCUCCUCACUCCUGGAAAUGCAGCUCUCUUCCAGUGUGGCUGAGCUCAGCUGUGACGAGACAAUGGACCCACCCGUGGAGGACUUCCAGCAGGUCCUGUCCAUCGACCAAAUCCGCUCCAUCCGUGCCAGCAACAACUACGUGGAGAGACCGGCUGUGUGCGUCCAGCAAGCCCGCUCCAACCCAUCCCUGUCCCAGCUUCCGCACAAGCAAGAGUGGUCCCAGGACCGCCUGGUGUCUUCCACCUUCCAGGACCUGCACCGCAGCCACAGCCAACAGCACCAGAUACCACCCUUGCAACAGCACAUGAGCCACUCCAGCACAGCCAGCUCUGUCUCCCAAAGCACCACGGCCUCCGACCAGCGUCUCCUGAGCAGCCUCACCCCUUCCCACUCCGGGCACUCCCUGAUCCGGACGCAGCCGCGGGCCGGCGAGCUGAAAGCGGAGGAGUCUCCGCUGAAGGGGGUGGUGGAGAAGCCCCCCCUGCAUCCUGGGCACCUCUUCCUCUGCGAGGAGUGCGGGCGCUGCAAGUGCGGGCGCUGCACGGCCGCUCGCAGCCUGCCCUCCUGCUGGCUCUGCAACCAGCGCUGCCUCUGCUCCCCGGAGAGCCUCCUCGACUACGGGACUUGCCUCUGCUGCGUCAAGGGUCUCUUCUACCACUGCUCCACUGACGAUGAGGACACCUGCGCUGACGACCCCUGCUCCUGCGGGCCGGGGUCCUGCUGCGCCCGCUGGGCUGCCAUGAGCUUCCUCUCCAUCCUCAUGCCCUGCCUCUGCUGCUACUUUCCUACCCUGGGGUGCCUCAAACUUUGCCAGCGGGGUUAUGAUGGCCUGAAACGACCCGGCUGCCGCUGCCAGAGCCACACUAACACAGUCUGCAGGAAGAUCUCUUCCUCCAGCAGCACACCUUUCCCCAAGACGCUGGAUAAGCUGGUAUGACCCUCCCGGGGAGGAGAAGCAGGCUUUAUUCCUCUUCCUCCUCAUCCUCCUCCUCUCCUUGCCAUCCCCCUCCUCUUCCAGCACCCGUCCGUUCUGCAGCGCUUCCCCCCUACCACCAUAACCCCUUGGGAAUAAGACUGGUGAGCUGGGGGUCCCACAGAGGAGUGCCUGGGGGAGCUGGCACCCGCUGGGGAGCCAGUGGCGGUUUUGCACAUGCAGGUGAGGGACCAGGAAAGGAAAAGAGGAGGAAGACCAAGGGUGUUUGGGAGUGUGUCCUCAGGACUCUGCUCUGGGAGGGUUUUCAGAGCUGCCACUGCCCCAUGGUGAGGUCCUUCCUGAUGGCGGGACAAGUCAGGUCAAUGCAUCACCUGUGCAAGAGCCCUCCAGGAGCCAGACCUCCCCUUCUCUGUCUUUCUCCUUCUCCAGCACUUUCUUUGGGUGGCCUCUUUGCUCUCACGUGGCUAUAGAUCUGCUUUCCCCAAGGGCUGGGGUGAGGCAGGGUUCCGUCAAUGGCAGCGACUUCCAUCUGGGCUUGGAAGCCUCUGGGAGAAGGAAGCUAGCUUCAAAAUGAGGUGGCAUCGUAUUUUUCUGUCUCAAAGAGGAAGGGAAGGUGUGGGAAGCUUUAGAAACCUUCUGGCAGGGGAAGGAGCUAUAGGAGGCAGGCCAGCCCACUCGCUUCUGCCCGACUGCAGCUAGGGAAAGGUCCCCUCUGGGAUUUGGUGGAGAACAAGCAGCUGGGUUGAAACUGAAAUUCAUUUCUCAAUGCCUUGAAGGGCUGCCUCCAGGGUGCAAACCCCGGCGGGAUGGGAGCUGCUGCCCGGCUCCAUCAAUGCCACAGACACCAAAAGCCCCGAUCUGGUACCUUCCACCAGCACUGAAUUCACUUUAAAUGAAGAUCACAAACACAAAUAUGCACCCUGUGCUUGCGCUGCCAGCCCCAUUGGAGAGCACCCACCCUGGGGGGGGACUCCUGCGCCUCCUGCUUUGAGCUGGAGGGAAGCAGAGGGCAAAAAGGGGGCCUGGAAGAUGGGAGCCUGACUUUCCCUCCCUGAAGUUGCCUUUUAGUCCUCCCCUCGCUUUCCUUGCUGCACAGUGUCACACCAAAACCAACACCAGUGUGAUGCUGGUGGGCAAACCCUGGAGGCAUUGCUGAGGGUGUUCCUGUGGCAAACUGGAGAUGGGUCUGAACCAAGUCCUGGGACUGGGCCAUCUGCAGACCAGGAGGAAACCUGACUCAGGGUCAGUGCUUCGUGCUUUGCUUGCUGUGAGGAUAAGAAGCCCAACCUGUUGCUGCAGUUACAGGGAGCUCCUCCUGGUCCUGGACUCCAAGGCUGAUCCAAGCCCCAUCUCUGCUUGCCAGCUGCCGGGAGUGACCCUGCUGUCACCAGCCCAUUGGCCCGGGGAGCUGGAGCUGGGAGGAUGUCCCAGUGAUCAGCUCUAACUGCUGGUCCCUCCUCCAAAGGGUGUGAGAGCAGAGGGGAAGCAAACGGAUCCCCUGGAGAAAUAUAUGCAACAUGUCCCUUGGCUUCCUCCAAGUCCUUGCCACCCAGGGCUCAUCCAUUGCCUUCCCUCAGCCACCUCUUCACUUAGAGUUCUGUGGAUCUAUUUUUGUAUAUAGAAAUACAACGUUAGGAUGGCUAGGUCUAUUACUAAUAAUGAUACUGCUGUGAACAGUGACAGAUGCAAGGGUUGGCUUCCUGGUACACUUGUGCAUGCUGAAAGAUGAUUUCCCAGUAUGGUUCUUGCUAAUUCUAGACCUCUAGUUCCCAGGUAGUUGGGACAGGGGGAAAAGGAGGUUUACAGCUUGUCCUGGGGGAGGUUGCUUUGCAGGGAGAGGGUAGGAUUUAGUGCUGGCUCUGGGGUGAGGCGAUGAGGUAGGCUCUCAUCAUGGGAUUCCUCUUCCCAUAUAUUUGCUGUCUAAAAAUUGUGGCUAAUCCAAGCUCCUUCCAUUGCAGAGAAAAGCAGAUUCAGAGAGUGAUUCAUCCCCCUUGAAAACACUAUUCAUUAAAUGAUCUGAUCCUGCUUGUCUCCCUCAACUCAAACAGGACCCAAAUACUGGAAGUCGAGGUUCCCUGUGGAAGGAGAGAUGAAUCCCAGCCCUGGUGUGAGGUUGUGUCUGGGCCAUGUUGGGGACAUGGCUGAAAUCCUCACCCUGCUUUCAAUUGGAGCCCAAGGGGGGACUUUGAAAGAUGCUUCCUUUGGCCAGAGAUGGAGAGAGACCACUUCCAUAAGCUGUGGGAAAUUCAGGAUGAUGCUCUAGGUUGUAGUGAGGAUCUCCUGGCAUGAAGAACAGAGAGGGCCACAUCUGUGUGGUUUGUAUGCCCUCUGUGGCCAGCCCUGAACUCUGCAAUGGGUUGGGUUUUAGGGCAAUGACCUUCUCAGAGGAUGCCCUGUAGAUGUGUGACCCCCAUAAGCUCAGUCCAUGUCCUUGUGGCAGCACUUAUAUAUUGCGGUCAUAUUUAUCCGUAUGCCAAUAAUUGCUUGGCUCUUCACUUCCAAGUGAUGCCUGGGGGAGAGACUUCCACCAUGAGGCACCCUUCCUCCUGAGCACUCAGUUCCCUUCUCUGCUUGUGCCGAUACAAGUCCUUCCUAGAAGAAUUAAACCUUUUGUUUUUAGGGAAAUAAAAGGUCCCGUUUUCACUGAGGGUUUGAGGAAUUCUCACUCCAAUGAGAAUGUGAAAUGGUUCAUUGAAACUUUCUGAAGAAAACUAAUGAACAGAAUUUUCCAACUUGCUCUACUUUGAUAUAUGGUUGGGUUUUUUUUUUCCUCCUUUUUAAAUGGAUCUUACUUGUAAAUUUAGUUACCACCUCUGUAUCUCUGCAAUUCAUUGCUUCCUCUCCUGAUGGUGCAAUGACUCAACAUGUGAAGCUGCAUCAUUUUCAUGGCCUCCCAAGUCAUGCAGGCACGGGGUGACCUCCCCCAGGUGCUGGAGCUGUUGGAUGAGGAGAUGGGUGUCCACACACCUGCUCCCCAGAGCUUUGCUCAGCCAAGCCCUGUGCUGCUCCUGCAGCACAUUUGCCUUCAGGCCAGGACUCCUGCAGUGCCCUUCUACCUAAUGGGCCUUUCCUGGGCCAGUGCAGGAGCCCCAGUUCUCCUAGGGGAUGGUGCCAUAGCGGGAUGCAGGCCUGAGCAGUCCAACCACAUCUCCCGAGUCUCCUCUCCAACAAAUGAAAAACCUGUGAGAUGUAUUAUGAAAUAGGGAACUUGUAGGAGGGGAAUUGGAGAGGACAGCCCGAUGGGCACUGAGGGCUGUCAGACCAGUGCAGGGCUUUGGUUUAGCUGUGUUGAGCUCAAAAUGCAAAGCCACAUCCAGGACUUGUGGUUGCAUAGGCUAGAGAGGUUUAGGGCUGUUGGCUUCAACCCUGCUCACAAGGGCAGGUGGCUUCACGGGGGGUUACUGCUUCCCACUCCAUCUGGAGGGGUCUCAUCCAGCUCCCACUCCUUGCUCUUGGCAGAAAGGGCAAGUCAGGAUUUGCCAGAAGCUGUUCACGGAGGCCAGCUCUGGUUCACGGAGCUCAUCUGGUGUCAGGAGCACUGUGGGUAGCCUCUCAUCAUGCUUUUUUUCCUGAACUUUUCCUAACAUCUCCAGAAAAGAUCCAUCCCGCUCUCUCCCCAUCUCCAGCUGCCAGAGUCUGGUUUCCCAUCAGAGAGGACUCCAGCUCUGGUUGGGGUUGUGAGCCCCUUUCCUGCCCCACCCUGCAGUGAGUCACAUCACAUCUGCUCUGGCUGUUUGUUUGCAGCUGCCUGUCCCGGCAGUUUGGGUCUGUCUCUGUCCUGACGUGUCUUUCUUGGUUUUCUUCUGGGAGAGUCGUGUGCCGAGUUCUCCCUUUUCCCUGGGAGCUGACAGGGAUGGAUCCGCUCUGCCAGGGAAUGGCUCUCGUGUUGUGUGUCUCUAAUGGAUGGGGGCUCUUCUGCUGGGAAACAUGCAGGGGUGUAGGGAGGAUUUAGAUGGGGAAAGGGACACUCAGGUGCCAAAGGAGCACGAGGCAGGAGGUGCUGAGCAGGACCUGCGCUUCCCCUGCUCUGCUCCCCAUACAGGAGCUUCCUUUUCCUGCCCAGACCUCCAAAGCUCCAUCCACACAAGAAGUCCUGCUGGUGCUUGCUUUCUCUGAGACUUCCCUUGGUCUCUCUCCCCUCCUUCCCUACUGGCCCUUGCACUGGUGAUGAGGGGUCACGGGGGACCAGGGUGGAGUCUCCGUCCCUUUCGAGCUCCUCAGCCCUCCUAGUCGAAGGGCUGAAAUGGUCCUUGGGCUCCUGUCCACCCAUCCCUGAGAAACAUUGGUGCCAGCCAAGUACCUCAAAGAACAGGGGGGGAAGUUCUUUGGGACUCUACUCAGAUUCCCAUAAAAUCCCGUUGAGAUCGCUCUUCCACAUCCCCAUGUGUGAAGCCCAAACUGUGGGCAAGUGUCAUUGACCAAAAGAUGCCAAAGCACAGGAUAGCCAUUUAGGAGUGGCUGCUUGAGCGCAAUAGAGGGAUGAGUAGAGAGGUGAGGAGUUUGCACAGGGGAGCACCACACUGUGCCCUCAACUUGCUGUCUGCAGCACACACUUCACUAAUUUGCUCCAUCUCUGGCCCUUGGGUGGAGGAACUGGGAGCUCUUCAGAUAUUGGAAGGUUUCAUUUCUUGUGAUCAGCAUGUGAGGAAAGUAGAUGGGAGGUGAACCCCACCCCAACACCUGUUCGUGGUAGGAGGAACAUACAUGGAUGGAUGGAUGGAUGGAUGGAUGGAUGGAUGGAU